AUGAAUAAGAUCGAUAAAACAUUAACUCCCGAAUAUUUGGAGUGGCAUGCUAAAUUAACUAGUUUACCAAGCAUUUUGACAGAUGAAAUUCGCUCUACAUUAUAUAAAAGAUAUAAGAAAAAAACUGAACUCGAUCCUUGGAUAAACUCAGAAUCCUCACAAAUCGAAAAUGCUGAUGAUCAUCUUUCACGAGACUGUAUUAUCAAGAUUUCUAAAUUUCCGGAAGAAAAAGAUAGUUCGUUGGAAAUCCAGAUAAGUAUAUCAAACACAACUCAAUCACCAAUUCCUAGGACUAAUUCAAAUAAAAUUUAUCAGCCAGAGGCCAGCUUACGACAAUAUGCCAUCGAACAUAAAAUGGAUCCCGAAAAAUUUUCUGUUAUUACUGAGGCUAAGAAAAAAAGGUGGAUAAUGGGAUGCUUCCGUGGUGACUUGGAAAGAGAUAUACGCUGUUAUCAAGGUGGAAUAAAGAGGAAGGAAGACCCUAAAAAAUAUCAUAAAUUUUUAACAGAUCGGGAUAGGCUGGUCGGUGAAGAGUUAUUACGUCGCAGUAUACUAAAGAGUAGAUUAAGUACUGUAUGGCUUGACGAUCUUAUGAAAGAAUGGAAAGAAAUUCAUGCUCAAUUC